AUGGCCGUCCGCAAACCCAGCAGCAGCCCCGCGAAGACCACCACCGCCACCCGGACCCCGAGCGCGCGCAUUCAGGCCUUGGAGAGGAAGAAGAAGGCCGAUGAAGCUGCUAGGGCGAAGGAUGCGGCGGCUGCGGCGGCGGCGCCCAAGAAGAAGAAGAAGAAGGGAAAGACGGGUACUGCCACUGUGAAGAAAGCCGGCGGGAAGAAAGCCGCUCCUGCUGCGAAGAAGAGCGCGGCGGCUCCGAAGAAGAAAGCUCCCGCGAAGAAGAAGAAGAGCACCACGGAUCGCGUCACGUCCGGCCGGAUUGCCAAGUCUGCUUCCCCAGCCAAAGCGUCCAAGAAGAAGAAUUCUUCAUCGUCGUCUCUCCUCGCCGAUCUCCCGACGACGUCUUCCUCUUCCCCCAACAAGGCCUCGUUGAAGUCUCUAGGCCACGAAGCGGUUUCGGUCGCGCAGCAUCUCGCCGGGCAGGCGGCGGAGCAGGUGCAGAAGGGGACGCAGGGGGUUGCGAAGAAGGUGGUUGAGAGGGCGGAGGUGAGUUUUAUCUUUAUCUUUUUCUUGUUUUGUUUUUCGGAUUUUGGAUUUGUGGGGGGGGGGUUUCUUGUGUUGUUGUGAUGGUUUUGAAAGCUAAUCAUGGAUUGUGUUUCGCUUUUAGGAUUCGAGACGAAGCAAGAGUCCGGCUAAGAGCAGGUAG